CAGCCGGUGUCACCCAGUGAACCUCGCGAUCGCCUCAGACGCGCAGACAUGGCACGAUCGAGACUUGCGCUGCCCCUUCUCGUCUUCGGCUUCGUCCUGUUGGUGGCCUGCUGUGCGAACGCCGGCAGCAGCUCCUCCGACUCUUCGGACUCUUCAGAGUCUUCCGACUCCUCAGAGUCGCGUGAGCACCGUUCCAGGAAGCACAGUCACAGCCACGUCAAUGUCGGACACCACUACAGCGAAGCGGAAGUCACCGCCCUGCUGAGGUCUAUCGUGUUCAAGAAACCUACAGUCGUUCUGGACUGCGAUGACCGAAAAGGUGCUUGCAACGGGAUCUCGCAGACCAUCGUACACUAACUCCGCCGUACAAACAGUCACAUUCUCAGAGAUGGAACUUGAUUUAUGAUUUUGUUUUUCUUUUCUUUUCAAUUAUUAUACUCAUGUAGGGAUGGACUAUCACCUAGUAUACAGUUAUCUAUGUUGUAAGUGCUUGUAAUAAAAAAUAUUUAAAGAUCUUAA